CAGCCAGAGAAAGCGUCCCAACUAGUUCCGUUCUUUUGGAGGAAUUGAGGUUUUAGCCGUUUUCGGAUGGUGAUGCAUCGUAAGAAAAUAAUGAAAGGAAUUAAGUAGCUCAUCAACUAGCAGAAGACUGACUAGAAUGUACAUCGCCGCUUUACAAUAAUGGCAAUCAGAGAAUUAAAAGUGUGUUUGCUCGGGGAUACUGCAGUGGGGAAAUCAAGUAUUGUUUGUCGGUUUGUGCAAGAUCAUUUUGACCAUAAUAUGAGUCCCACCAUAGGGGCUUCUUUCAUGACCAAAACUGUUCCCCAUGGGAAUGAGCUUCAUAAAUUUUUGAUCUGGGAUACAGCCGGACAAGAACGGUUUCACUCACUGGCACCUAUGUACUAUCGAGGGUCAGCAGCAGCUGUUAUUGUUUACGACAUCACUAAACUAGAAUCAUUCCAUACCUUAAAGAAAUGGGUGAAAGAGUUAAAAGAACAUGGCCCUGAAAACAUAGUUGUUGCUAUUGCUGGAAACAAGUGUGAUCUUUCUGACUUAAGGGAAGUGCCUGUUAAAGACGCGAAGGAAUAUGCAGACUCUAUUAGUGCUAUUUUUGUUGAAACUAGUGCCAAGAACUCAAUUAAUAUCGAGGAAUUAUUUACAGGAAUCAGUCAACAGAUUCCACCUUUGGAACCUCAUGAAAAUGGCAGGAACGGAGCUUUUCAGCUUGGAAAAAUGAACACACAGAGUAGCAAGCGCUGCUGCUAAGUUCUCAGGGGUUGUUUAAGUACUUGAAAGAUGAAAUUGGUGAAUAGUAUUGCAGACGUGAUACAAAUACCUUGCACCUUUUACUUAAAUAAGUAAUGUGCAAAACCCUAGUAAUCUGGUGUGGACUGAAUGGCUGGCUGUUUUAAACUUUGGACAUUGUCCACAGUAUAAAAUCUUUAGUCUUAAUUUAGUGCAAGGAAUAGAAUACAUGGAUCAUCCUUUUUGUAGAGAGUCAAAUCCAUUUAGUAAUGUGCCUUUUCAUUACCCAUAUGUUGCUAUGCGCUGGCAGGAGUACAGCAUGCUGUUGAUUUCUGUGGGAAUCUGUAGCAUUGGCGAAUGGUGCGGGUUUAUUCUGAAAGGACAGCUCCUAAAAAAGUAAAAUGGAAUAACUUUUAAUGUGAUAAAAAAAAUUACAUUUCUCGGUACAUAUGACACAAGAAAAUCCUUAGAGCUAAUGUCAGUAGUAGUUAUUGGGCAGUUACACAAUCGUAUGUAAGCCCUUAACUGUGUAGUUUCUCUUCCUGUAGUAAUUAUGUCAUGUAGUAUUAACUUAACUACACUUCCCCAGUUUGCAGUACAUAGGCACAACAUAUUACCACAGAUAUAUCCAUUUAUGUAUGUAGCCAUGGAAAAUGUUUCUGAAAUACAUUUCUUGGGUGAAGGUUGAUUCCAUAAAUAUGAUAGGCAAGAGGUGCUGUUUCAGAAGCUUAAUAAAUUAACUAAUUUUAACUGUGUUAGUAGAACAUUUCAAAGACCAUAUCUAAUGUUUUGACCUUCAGUAUGAACUAGAUCAUUGAUCUCUGCCAUAUAAUCUAGUAUAUGCUCAGCAACAUUUAAAUGAGUAUUUUAUGACCUUUAUGCGUUUUGCAUUAACUGACUCAGCUGUUAACUUAGCAGAAUGUAGCUGCAGUAGGCAUUGCUGUCUCACUAAGCUUGGCUCUCCAGUUUGGUUCUCAGCUAGGUGCCUUCUCUGCAGAAUCUGCACACUCUUCUUAUGUCCCUGUGGGUUUUCUCCAGGUGUCGUGCAUGUUGCUCAUAUCAUCGGAGGCAUGCCUUAGGUGAACUGGUGACCCUCCAGAUUGUACAUAGGUGUAUGUGCUGUGUAUGUCUCUGCGUGUGCUUGCCCUAGGAUGGGCUGGCUCCCUUUUCAGGAUUGGUUUCACUACUUGGUCCCCACUGAGUUUUGGUGCAGCCUGCAGUUUUUCUGCAACAAUGAAUUGGAUUAAGCAGAUUAGAAGAGAAUGAAUGAAUAUCUCAGCUGUACGCCUGUUGUGCAUGUGCCAGUCUGUGAAGCAGAACGCAUGAAGUUGCACUUUUUCUUAACAAGUAUCAAUGCAGUUGCAUUAAUUGUAGCAGAUAUUUGCAAACUAAAGAAGCAAAUGUUUUUGAACAUUUUAUUAUAUCAAUGUAAAAGAGCCAGUGAAUAUAUCCUGCAAUUAUAUUUAAAAAAGUCAGUUAGUACUGUGCUACAUCUUUUAUAUUUAUAUGUAUAAUUGUCUCCUCUUAUUUUGUAACAAGGAAAAAAAUUACAUGAAUUUUACCAAUUGCAGCUUCUUUAAAAUUGUUUCAUUGUAAUGUUCUCUCUAUCAUAAGUUAUGAUCCCCUUAUGGCAUCACAGUUUUUACUGAUUAGUGAUCUUUGUUGCUGUAACCAUACCAACUUGACUUCUGAUAGGGGCAGAGGGGGGACUUUUUUGAGUCACAGUUAAGGUUUCAUGCAAGCUGUUCUUGGUAAUAAAUACUAGAAAAAUUUUUAUAAGUACUAGGAUAUAACCACCAGUGAUUUAGUAAGUUGAAACUAUCGGUAUACACAUCCCAGUAUUCUAUGGUUCUUUCAGAGUAAACAGAUUUCAAGACUGCAUUUUGAAAAGGCAGAGAUCUUCCUGAAUUUAAAACACGUGCUUAGAUCAGUUCACAUAAAGUGGAGCAUGGAAAAUGUCCUAUUACCUUUGCAGUGUUACAAAAGACAGUUGUGCUUUGCUGUGUAACACAGUUAAGUCCACUAGUUAAAGUAGACAAAGGCUAGAUAAAGUUGUGAUCAGUGCUAUACCCCUGUAACUAAACUGAAAAUGAAAAAUAAUCUCCAGUCAGUUGGCAGUCACUGCAUUUGCUGGAACACAGAACGUAUAGACAGUUCUCAAGAACUUAUUUAGUACUUUGGUGGUAAAAUUUGGCACCAAUUACAUUUAAAGGAAUUCCUUUCAAAAAGUGAUGCACUACUGUGGUUUUGUGGACACAAGACACUACACAAAAGUUAGCAAGUCCUGUUGUAGCAUUAGGUGCAUAAUGUAAUACCACCUUUUUGAUGGAAAAGACAGAUUUUCAUUUCCUGGUAGCUGGUCCUGCAGUGUCAUCUCUGCAUCCAGGAGCACACCUAGGUGUAUUAAAACCCUGCAGUGUCACCUCUGCAUCUAUGAGCACACCUAGGUGUAUUACUUAGCCUGCAGUGUCACCUCUGCAUCCAGGAGCACACCUAGGUGUAUUACUUACCCUGCAGUGCCACCUCUGUAUCCAGCAGCACACCUAGGUGUGUUACUUGCCCUGCAUGGCCACCUCUGCAUUCAGCAGCACACCUAGGUGUAUUACUUACUCUGCAGUGUCACUUCUGCAUCCAGGAGCACACCUAGGUGUAUUACUUACCCUGCAGUGUCACCUCUGCAUCUAGGAGCACACGUAGGUGUAGUACUUACCCUGCAGCGCCACCUCUGCAUCCAGGAGCACACCUAGGUGUAUUACUUACCCUGCAGUGUCACCUCUGCAUCCAGGAGCACACCUAUGUGUAUUACUUACCCUGCAGUGUCACAUCUACAUCCAGGAGCACACCUGGGUGUAUUACUUACCCUGCAGUGCCAACUCUGCAUCCAGGAGCACACCUAGGUGUAUUACCCUGCAGUGUCACCUCUGCAUCCAGGAGCACACCUAGGUGUAUUACUUACCCUGCAGUGUCACCUCUGCAUCCAGGAGCACACCGAGGUGUAUUACUUACCCUGCAGUGCCACCUCUGCAUCCAGGAGCACACAUAGGUGUAUUACUUACCCUGCAGUGCCACCUCUGCAUCCAGGAGUACACCUAGGUGUAUUACUUACCCUCCAGUGUCACCUCUGCAUCCAGGAGCACACCUAGGUGUAUUACUUACCCUGCAGUGCUCAGCUGAGCAUCAUACAGAAAGAUUCAGGAUGCUACUGGAGUGGUGAAGCUGUAAGAUGCUUAGCCAUGCAACCACAGCUCUAUACAUGUGUACACUGAGAUUCAGCUUUAGCUUGUUUUCAUAUGUCCAUUUGCAGAUUAUUAGAGAGACACUCAGUGGUAUUAAUAGGUUUAACCUGCUGAGGUGUAAAAUAUGAAUAUAGUUAGCUAUCUUCUGAAUAACAAUGAUAACCCAAAUGCCACCUUUUUACAGAGUCAAAUCAGACAUAUACAUGCAUGCAUGCACAUAUGCAUACAUAGGAAAUAACACUGACCCCUUGCUGUACCUCGCAGGCAGAAGAGGAACUUAGAUUUUGAUUGCUGGUAAGGGUGGCUUUCCCUUGUAAUUUCCCAUUGCCCUUCCUUCUGUAUAAGCUUCAAAUGCUGUUUAACUAUCAGCUUAUUUCACCCAGCAUUAAAAAUGUGCCCCACAAUCUGUCCCUCACAUUCUUGUAAACUGUUUUUUACUUACCAAAGGCCAUCUGGCAGUGUGACUGCCUUUGGCAGCUGAAGCCUUUGUAAUUCCUAUUUUAUUACAAACAAAAAAAGGUUAUGUAACUAUAGAGUUACUGUUGUUCAGUUAAUAUUGUCUCACAGUCCUCAACAGGUACAGUCAUCAGAAAAAAAAAAUCACAAUGUUGCUUAUCUGUCAGUCAUGUGUAACUUGUGAAGAUUGUAUUCAAGUAAACUGUUACCCGCACUUACUUUAAACUAGUUUGGAUUUA